AUGAAACUUACCGACAUAAGUCCAUUUGCAGUUGCAAGCAUGCUAUUGGAGAUACCAGAGGAAGAGGAAAAUGAGACAAAAUUGGACACUUUACUGUUACCAUUGAAUCAUUCGAAAAUUUUGGUUCCAUAUAUUCAAGCAAUGGCUGCUGCGCCAUUUGCGCUUGGAACGCUACAACUGGAGAAAAAUAGCAAAGUAUGGAAUAUCCUGGAAAUCGGUCUUGGUACAGGGAUUUUGAACAGUUUUCUGCAUGAUAUGUUUAGCAAUAUGAAUAUAACAGUAAUAGAAUUGGAGAAAGGAAUGUAUGAAAUAGCUAAAAAAUACUUCGGUCUAAUCGAAGACGAUUAUCAAAGGAUAAUCAUUGAGGAUGGUCUAAAGUAUUUGGAAAAAACUGCAAGUCAGUUGAAAUUCGAUGUAAUCUUUAUCGAUGCUUGUUAUGACAGAAUUGUAAGCGAAGUGAUAUGUCCUGUUGAAGCUUUUGCGCUGGAAGAAAAUUUGGAAAUUAUUAAAGAAGCAUUGACCGAAAAUGGCAUCGUUGUCUUAUCAGUGUUGACAUUUGAAGAAUUUGAACUCAGAGAGAUACAAAAGAAAUACAUGGAUGUGUUCGGUAGCUGUCAUCUGAUCACCGACAGUUCAAAUCUUGUCAAUCAUGUUCUUGCAUGUGGUGAAUUUCGAAAAAAUACGGCCAAAUUUGUCAGAAAAUUGAAGGAAAUCUAUAAUAAAUUUGAAUUUUAUUCAGUACCACAUAUUGAAUAA